CGGACACUAGUAGACUGUUUCAGAUCAAGAUUCAAGCUUUCACCUUUCUCUUCAUCUCUCUCUUAUCUCUCUCCAUCUCUCUCCAUCUCUCUCAAUCUUCUCCGGCGACACAAAUAUCUUCUCCGGCAACAAACCCAUUUCCAAUCAUGUCUGAAAUACCCGAUACCGCGAUCCCAAUUGAAUCCUUCGACAUAACUUCAGAUGAAGACGAAUCCGACAUCUGCAUCAUCAAACAAGUCGACAUGACAGUUCCAAAAACCGACGAUCCAACAAUCCCAGUUCUUACAUUCAGAAUGUGGGUUCUUGGAAUCGGUUCUUGUGUGUUAUUAUCUUUCGUGAACCAGUUUUAUUGGUACCGGACUGAGCCACUGUCACUUUCAUCGAUCUCGGCUCAAAUUGCGGUGGUUCCUUUAGGUCAUUUGAUGGCUAAGACAAUAACGAAGAGAAAGUUCUUGGAAGGAUCAAGAUUUGAAUUUAGUUUGAAUCCUGGUCCUUUUAAUAUUAAAGAACAUGUUUUGAUUACUAUAUUUGCUAAUUCCGGUGCCGGUUCUGUUUAUGCUACUCAUAUUAUCAGUGCUGUCAAGCUUUAUUACAAGAGAAGCCUUUCUUUCUUGCCUGCUUUUCUUGUUAUGAUGACUACUCAGGUGUUGGGAUUUGGUUGGGCAGGACUGUUUCGCAAGUAUCUAGUUGAGCCAGUAGAAAUGUGGUGGCCAGCAAAUCUAGUUCAAGUUUCAUUGUUCAGGGCCUUGCAUGAAGUGGAGGAACGACCAAAAGGAGGAUUAACCAGUACACAAUUCUUCAUCAUAACCUUAAUAUGUGGAUUCUGUUAUUACACAAUACCUGGUUAUCUAUUCCAAAUGUUAACAACAGUUUCAUGGGUAUGUUGGCUUGCUCCCAAAUCUGUUCUUGUUCAACAACUAGGCUCUGGUCUAAAGGGUCUUGGGUUCGGCAGCUUUGGUCUAGAUUGGUCCACCAUUUCGUCUUACCUUGGAAGCCCACUGGCUAGUCCUUGGUUUGCAACUGCUAAUGUUGCGGUUGGAUAUGUUUUUGUUAUGUAUGUUUUGACCCCACUUACUUAUUGGGGUUUCAACUCUUAUGACGCUAAAACAUUUCCUCUUUUCUCAAGUAAGCUUUUCAUGGGGAAUGGUUCGGUUUAUGAUGUAACUAGUAUUGUUGAUUCUCGCUUUCGACUUGACGAGAAUGCUUAUGGUCAAUAUGGGCGUGUCUACAUGAGUACGUUCUUCGCCAUGACUUAUGGUGUUGGAUUCGCUACUCUUUCUGCCACUGUCGUGCAUAUUGCACUCUUCUAUGGAAGUGAUUUAUGGAAGCAAACGAAAAGAGUGUUUGGAUCGCGUGAGAAAAAGAUUGAUAUCCAUACGAAGCUCAUGAAGUCGUACAAAGAAGUACCCAUGUGGUGGUUUGUUUUGAUUUUGGUGGUGAAUAUCGUCAUGAUCUUAUUUUCUUGUAUGUACUAUGAAGAAGUACUUCAACUACCUUGGUGGGGUGUCUUAUUAGCAUGCGCUAUCGCCAUUUUUUUCACUCUACCUAUCGGAAUUAUUGUAGCCACUACAAACCAGGCACCAGGUUUGAACGUUAUAACGGAAUACAUAAUUGGGUAUUUGUACCCUGAACGACCUGUUGCUAAUAUGUGUUUUAAGGUCUAUGGUUACAUAAGCAUGACACAAGCUUUAACGUUUCUGUCUGAUUUCAAACUUGGUCAUUAUAUGAAGAUUCCUCCUAGGAUCAUGUUCAUGGCUCAGGUUGUGGGGACGGUUAUAUCGGUUAUUGUAUACCAAUCAACUGCAUGGUGGUUGAUGGACGCGAUUCCCAAUCUAUGCGACACAGCAUUGUUGCCCGAGGACAGUCAGUGGACCUGUCCGAUGGACAGAGUAUUCUACGACGCCUCGGUUAUAUGGGGACUAGUGGGACCGCGAAGAAUCUUCGGGGACCUAGGAUAUUAUGCUAAAGUGAAUUGGUUCUUCUUAGGAGGGGCAAUUGCACCAAUAAUUGUAUGGAUGGCUCACAAGAAAUACCCGGAAAAGAAAUGGAUUCGUCUCAUAAACAUGCCUAUAUUGAUAGGAUCAACAGGAAUGAUGCCACCGGCUUCUUCGGUGAACUACACUAGUUGGGUGUUUGUCGCUUUUAUAUCUGGUUUCUAUCUUUUCAGGUAUAGACCGGAGUGGUGGGGACGAUAUAACUAUGUUCUUUCGGGUGGGCUAGAUGCGGGGACCGCGUUUAUGUCGGUUUUGAUAUUCCUCGGGUUGCAAUCAAAUGAUAUUGCUUUUAAUUGGUGGGGAAAUAGUGGGGAGGGGUGUCCUUUAGCUUCAUGCCCAACUGCUAAGGGAAUUGCUAUUCAUGGAUGUCCUGUUUACUCUUGAUAAUAAUUGGGGUCUUUUCAGAUUAUAAUCUGAUAUAGAUAGUUCUAAUUAUAGUUAUAGAUUUGAUUUAUUGUAAAUUUCUUGUUUUUAAGUUAAUUGUUCUAAAGGAUAUUUUUAAUUUGAUUAUGCAUUAUAUAUGUUAAUGUUUUUGGAAAUAUAUUGGUCUUUAUCAAGAUAAGU